AUGAAGGCUAUCUUCUACCUCCUCGCAUAUGUGACCGGCUGGAGCUGGAGCGGCUUGCAGAAUAAUCAGGUCGUCUUGCCUGGUGGUCAAACCUGCCAGAAUACAGCGACCUCCCGACACUGCUGGGGCGAGUAUAGUAUCGAGACCAACUACUACACCACGGCGCCCAGCACCGGACAUACCGUCGAGGUGUGGCUGUCCGUCCAAGAGGGUAUGUGCAGCCAGGAUGGCUACCGGCGACCCUGUAUGACCUUCAACGGCACGAUGCCGGGCCCAACCAUCACCGCCAACUGGGGCGACGAGCUGGUCGUCCACGUCACCAACAAUCUCCAGUCCAACGGCACGUCGGUCCACUGGCAUGGCAUUCGGCAGCAACACAACGUCCAGAACGACGGCGUGCCGGGCGUCACACAGUGCCCCAUUGCUCCCGGGGAUACCUUCACCUACCGCUUCCAGGCCACGCAGUACGGCACCAGCUGGUACCACAGCCACUUCUCGCUGCAAUACGCCGAAGGGCUGUUUGGGCCGCUCGUCAUCCAUGGGCCAGCGACGGCGGACUACGACGAGGAUCUGGGCACGCUCUUCCUGCAGGACUGGUCGCACACCACCUCCUACCGGGACUGGACGGCCAAGGCCAAGUACGGCAUCACCAAACCGCAGCAGAACCUGCUGAUCAACGGCACCAACACGUUUGACUGUCCAGCGAGGGAGAACAAUGAGCCUAUAGACAGCCACUGCGUCGGGGGCGGGCGCAAGUUCGAGGCCGUCUUCGAGGCCGGGAAGCGAUACCGACUGCGACUGAUCAACGUCGCCGUGGACAGUCAGUUCCAGUUCAGCAUUGACGGCCAUAAUCUCACCGUCAUUGCCAAUGACUUUGUGCCGCUUCACCCGUACGAGACGGCCAGCGUGUUGAUCAACGUCGCCCAGCGGUACGAUGUCAUUGUCGAGGCCAACGCUGUCCCGGGCGACUACUGGCUGCGUGCGGGCUGGGUCAAGGCCUGCAUCGGGGUGGCCAACGACCACCCGGACGAUUCCACGGGCAUCAUCCGGUAUAAUGCAGAUAGCCAGGCCACGCCGAUGAGUAUCAGCCGUGUGAAGCCCCCUGUUGCCUGUCUGGAUGAACCCUUUGACCAACUGGUGCCAUAUGUGCCUCUCGACGUCACCAACAUCACCGGCACCACCGUCGAAGACAUCAACGUACUGUUAACAGGGGCGUCCUUUUUCCAAUGGACCAUCAACAGCAGCUCCUUCAUGCUGGACUGGGAGCAUCCAACCCUGAUGCGCAUUUCCAACGGCGAGAACAGUUUUCCACCGCAGUUCAAUGUGGUCAACGUUGAUAAACAAUCCCUCAACCCUAAAACCAACGAAUGGGCGGUCCUCGUCAUCGAGAACAAAGCCGUCGCUCUUCUCGGCAGCAUCGCCCAUCCAAUCCACCUACACGGCCACGACUUUUGGCUCCUCGCCCAGUCGCCGACAACCUGGGACGGCACAACCGCCGGCUGGCAGACGGUCAACCCGCCACGACGCGACACGGCCGUUUUACCGGCCUUUGGCCACCUGGUCGUCGCCUUCCAGCUGGAUAACCCGGGCGCCUGGCUGGUGCACUGCCAUAUCGCAUGGCACGCGGGGCAGGGGCUGGCGCUGCAGUUUGUCGAGAACCAGGGGGAUAUCGCCUUCAGCACGGUAGAGCGCCAGCAGUUUGAUGAAACCUGCCACAAGUGGGAUGCCUGGUGGGCAACAGCGCCUUUUCCACAGGAAGAUUCGGGGAUUUAA